AUGCCUCGCCGACGCCGCGGCUCCAUCAAGAACAAAGCAACGUCCCCGGAUGCAAGCGCCAUCGCGUGUCUCCCGCGAGACGUCCUCGCCGGCAUCCUCCUCCGACUUCCUGCGAGCGACCUCCGCCGCUUCCGCCGCGUCUGCAAGGAGUGGCGUGAGGUCAUCUCCGACCCUGUUUUCGUCGACGCCCACAUGGACCACGGACCGCAGGACUUGACCCACACUAUCGUGUUCUUUUCCGGAAGUUGCCCAGCCUACAGAGCCAAAUUUCCCAAUAAUUCCCGAGAUUUCCGUACAGAACAGCCGCACAAUGGGGGAGGAUACCUCGUCGACCAGCAGUGGCAAGUCACCGCCCAGUUCACGGUCAGCGAGUCGCAGGACAUGGUGGGCGCCUGCAAUGGCAUGCUCUGCUUCCUCGACGUCCUCCGAGACGCCAUCAUCAUCGUGGAGCCCUUCACUGGCGAGUUCAUCACCCUGCCGCUGCCAUUGGAGACGGAGAAGAGGCAUUACCACAUGGCCUACUGCUUUGGCUUCGAUCCCAGUUCGAGGCGGUACAAGCUCAUCCACCUAACUACGGCCAGGGAGCAAGGACUAUAUGUGUACACGAUCGGAGAAGGCACGAACUGGAGGUGCGUGCACAACUUCGUUGGCAACACCUAUGGCUAUGAGUGGCCUACGAUGGUCGACGGAGCGGUGUACUGGUCCGCGGGAGGGAAGCUUGCGCGGUUCGAUCUGGCGACGGAGGAGGUCACGUCGGAGUUGAUUGAGUUCAGGCCGCCGGGUGACCAGACUCAAUUCACUCCGGUGUUCUUGGUGUUGGGGUGUUCGGAUGCAAGGGUGCGUUUGAUGGGCGGGGUGCACGACAAGUUAUUCAUCGGAGAGGGUGCGGGCUGGGCGAACAACAGCACCGUGAGGCUGCCUCUCUGGCGGGACCUCACCUGGCCGCAACCCCUCCAAAGGGGGCACCUUAUGCUACAUGGAGGUAGGAACGGUGGCAUGUAUGCUCAUCCCAUUUCGCCGGCGAGCGACCGCCUGGGCUUAGGGAAGCUGGUGCUUACUAUGGACACUACGAUCUGGCAGGACCUCAGCACGCCUGUCACACCAACAUACAACACACCAGGGUUGUUCGCCCGGGUCACUGCGGCCCAAGAAAGACGAGUCCCACACAAAGAUAACAAGGCGAAGAUGUUUUGCUAUGCCCCACCAUUGUAUCCUGCUCCCUUAGCACACUACUUUGGCAAACUUUCAGAGUUGCACAAACUAUAA